CCGCCCCGCCCCGCGGCCCGAGCCUCCUCCGGCCACCGCUGGGCCGCGGGCGGGACGCCCAGGGCGGCGCGCAGGAGGAAGCGCGCCCGGCCGCGGCCCGGGAACUUCCCAGACGCCGACUCGGGGGCGCCGGCCGCGGGGUCCGCUCGCGCCCUUGUUCCGCAGGUGUGCGGGGCUUGCGCCCACCCGGGCCGCCGCGCGUUUCCGCCCCGCCCCGAGGCCCCGGGCCGCGCUCCUUGCCGGGCUCCGGCCCCGCCGCACCCCCUCCACGCCCCCCGCGCGCCGCGGCCGCCGCCAGCGCGUAUCCUGAGCCCGCCGCCCGCGGCCGGGGCUGCCGGGGAAGUUGGGGCGAGGCGGGCGGGGGAUGCGCCAUGGCCUUGGCCCGGCUGGGCUCGUGGCUCGGGGAGGUGCAGUGGCUCGCGCUGGUGUCGCUCUUCGUCGCGGCCCUGGCCACGGUGGGCCUGUACCUGGCGCAGUGGGCGCUGGCCAGGGCGCGACCCCAGCCCCGGCGGCGGGCUCUGGAGCCUGGCGAGGGGCCGCGCCCGGGGUCCGACGCGCUGCUGUCCUGGAUCCUGACGCUGGGCAGCUGGAGGAGCCAGUGGCAGGCGGCCUGGGUGACCGCCCUGAACGAGGAGGCCGAGAGGAAAGGGGGCCCGCCUUUCCUGUCCUUUGAGGAGGACCCGCGGCAGCAGCCCCUGGAGCUGGCGGUGGAGGCGGUCUCCAGCGUGCUCAGGUCUGCGGAGGAGAAGGUGGUGGUCUGUCACGUGGUGGGCCAGGCCAUUCAGUUCUUGGUCAGCGAGAAGCCUGCCUCGGGUGCUGGACGCCGGCUGUAUGACGUGCAGCUCUCCCCAUUCCAUUUACAGCUGGAGUUCCACCUGAAAGAGAAGAGAGAGAACCUCCAGAUUAGCUGGUCCUUCAUGAAUGUGCCCGAAAUGGCCAUUACUGUCCAGCCCAAAACACUGGGGGAGGACCAGGUGGCCGAGACGCGCACAGUGUCGGACACGCUGAAGGACCUCUUGAAGCAUUUGGUUGGUUCUGCCUCUCCAUCAGUGCUUCUGAUCACCAAGCCCACGAAUGUACAGGAAGCUCAGAACUUAGAGUGUGCUCCGUCUACUGCUCAGGAAUCCUGUCCUCCCAAACCUCCGAGGGCUCAUGACCUAAAGCUGCUGGUGAGGAGUCUCCGCGCCUUCCUGCUCCGUGAGCCGGAUGCUUCAGGCCACAUGGACACAGUGUGCAUCGUGCAGCUGGAUGAUCCUCUUCAGAGGUUCUCCAGCACCCUCACGAGGAGCACUACGGACCUCACGUGGGAAGAGGAAUUCACCUUCGAGUUGAAUGCCAAGUCGAAGGAGUUAUACCUGCAGAUUUCAGAGUCUGGGCGACCCUCGGAAGGUCUGCUGGCGACGGCGACAGUUCCUUUGGAUUUAUUUAAGAAGCAGCCUUCUGGACCACAGAGUUUCGUGUUGACCAGUGGGUCUGCCCGCGGCUGCUCGGUGCUGGGCUCCGUCACGGCAGAGUUUUCUUAUGUGGAACCUGGUGAAUUGAAAUCCUCGCCCAUCCCUCCCCCUAUUCCUGCUGCAAAAAUAGAAAAGGACCGCACGGUGAUGCCCUGUGGGACUGUGGUCACUACUGUCACCGCUGUGAAGACCAAGCCUCGUGUCGACAUGGGGAGGGCGUCCCCGCUGAGCUCUGAGUCUCCAGUGAAGACUCCCGUCAAGGUGAAGGUGGUCGAGAAGGACAUCUCUGUCCAGGCCAUCUCCUGCCGCAGUGCGCCCGUCAGCAAAACGCUCUCUUCUUCAGACACAGAACUGUUGGUGUUGAAUGGUUCGGAUCCAGUGGCCGAAGUUGCCAUUCGACAGCUCAGUGAAUCCUCCAAGCUGAAACUCAAGUCGCCGCGGAAGAAGAGCACUAUUAUCAUAUCAGGGAUCUCCAAGACCUCACUGUCCCAGGACCACGAUGCUGCCCUGAUGCAGGACUAUGCAGCCUCCGUGGACAGCGCCCACCAGGAGGAUACCCCGUCCCAUCCGGAGGCGGCUGCAGCCUCUGCCCCACCCGAGGAAGCCAAGUCAGCCCAGGCACCCUCUGCCCCCAAUCCCCAGGAUGACGAGCUGGACUCCUGGGACUUGGAGAAGGAGCCCCAGGCUGCAGCCUGGAGUGGCCCGGCCCUGCUGGAUCCCGACGGUGAUGAGCUGUCAGAGAGCUCCGUGAGUGUCUCGGAGCCGGGCACCGCCAAAAAGCAUAAAGGAGGAAUUCUAAGGAAAGGUGCAAAGCUGUUCUUCCGCCGGCGGCAUCAACAGAAAGACCCGGGCAUGAGUCAGUCACACAAUGACCUUGUGUUCCUGGAGCAGCCAGAGGGUUCCCGGAGGAAAGGGGUCACCAUCACCAAGAUCCUGAACAAGAAGCUGCUCUCCAGGCACAGAAACAAGAACACCAUGAACGGUGCCCCCGUGGAGCCCUGCACGUAGGGGCUGAGGUCACCGCCGCCAAUCAGAAGGCCUGCACCCAUGUUACUGCCCUUACCAGGACACAGUGAGCGUGUCUGCCAGAUGUCCAGACGCCCCGCUUGUCUUGCUGGGUUUCUUCCAACCAUCUAGUCUUUUAAAGGGAAAACAGAAUCUGAGUCUCCAGCCAGGAGGCUUUCCCCAAAGAGGGCGAAAAAGCCUAACUUGCCACCAGAUGCCAAAUGAGACUUGACAGCUCCAGAGCUUGGGCCGUGCUCAAAGCUAAGAGUCAGGGCUAAAUAUUAGAAGGAGAUUAACAUUAUAAGAGAAAUAAUACGCUCUAAUGGAUUGUGGAGGGCAGGCUUGAGGGACUCAGUUUACCUAUUCUACACACUCACGUGUUGUUAUGGGCCCAUGCGUGGAUCGUGUCACAGAAAGGAGGUGCCCUUCUGUGCUGUCAUUGUGAAUGGAAUGGGUGGGUCACCUCUCCUCAUCUGCUGCUUGGACUAACGCAGGCGGCUGGCCCUAGGUACAGGGAAGUGGAACACAGGCAGGAUUUUUAUAGGGAAAUGAUAGGAAUGCAGUUGCAACUGUAGGAAGACAUCUGCCUUCGAUCGGCCAUGGAACAGCACUGUCCUAUGCAUCUAUGCUGCACUCUUCUAAGUGUACUUUGAGCCUACUUGCAAGUGGAAGGGGAUAUAUUCUCACAUGGUUUUUACAUUUUUCUCUAUCAUGUUAAAAGCUCUAAUAACACUAGUGGAGUAGUUGACAGCCAGGUUGUUUUUCCCCGCCUGUCGUACUUCCUAAACGAGCACAGCAGGCCUGGCGAAUGAAGUCGGGAGCCACAGGCGACGCCUCGUAGAACACGGCAACCAAACACAGACAUGGAGUUUGCCAGAUGCUGCCAGCAGCCAAAGCAAAGUCCUUUCAGGGCAGCAGAGGAAAUUACCUUGUGUCUCAGGUGUCAGUCUUAGGAACGGGAGUUUAAAUGGCCCAAACUUGCAGGAAACUCCUACGAGCGCUUCAGAAUUUCGCUGUCAGCCGUACUCGUGGACACAGUUUGGGGUGCCCUUGUUUGGGUCUCUUUUGGUGGAACACGUGAUGAACCUGGCACAGCGUUUUACUAUCCCCAGGUGUCAUUCCGGUCGCUUUCCCCCUCCGCUGCCUUUCCACGUCACUUCCUUCAGUUUUCACCUUGGUCUGCUCCUUCCGAAUGUGCCACUUCCCGUAGACAUGCUGGGUAAUGAGCAGCCAUCAUUGCGGUGAAGUGUGUGACAGUUUAAUGUAGGUCACUUUUCUCCAAAGAGAUGGAAAAGGCUGUUACGAACACUUGACUUCUGUCCUGGAGAUGGAGCUGGGCGGGCUUCCUUCCGCAGGCGUGCUGGAACUCUUACACACUAAAUGUCUCAGAGGCCACGGAGCCCCUGGUGAAUAGAAACCUAUGUAAAGACCAAAAUUACGGGAUUUUUUUCUUCUUUUUUAGGGGUGAGAUUAGAACACUACAUUAGGAAUUUCACCUUAAGAUGCACAUUACACACUUCUUAGGUGUUCCAGGAAUCAUCGAGUGACUUUAAAAUGAUUUUAAACCUGCUUUGUUUUUAAAAAUUAUAUUCCAGUUUUAAUGAUGUUUUUUUUUUAAAAAAAAGCACUUGGAGUUGCAAAAUACAUGAACACUACCCAGUUUCUGUCCCCGAGUCAGGCACCACUGCUGGUCUUUAGGGACAGGUUUUUACACUGCUCUUGGCCACAUGGUAAAAAGAGCCUGAGACACAGAAGAAUUCCAACAGGAUAUUAUGUGAUUUAUGUGUCAGAAUUUCAGACACUGAUGAGAAGUUUUUAAUUGUUCUUUUUGUUUGAUUUUGGAAUUCAGGUGCACUCUAUUCAAGUGCGAGGAUAUCAGAAGCUUUUUUUUAUUAAAAAAAUUUGUUUUUGGAGACGGUCUUUCACUCUGUUGCCCAGGCUUGAGUGCAAUGGUGGCUCACUGCAACCUCCCAGGUUUAAGCGAUUCUCCUGCCUCAGCCUCCCAAGUAGCUGGGAUUACAGGCCCGCGCCACCACACCUGGCUAAUUUAUUUGUAUUUAGUAGAGAUGGAGUUUCACCAAGUUGGUUAGGCUGGUCUCACACGCCUGACCUCAGGUGAUCCACCCGCCUCAGCCUCCAAAAGCUCUGGGAUUAUAGGCAUGAGCCACCACACCAGGCCCAGAAUUUUAGAUUAAGCCUUCUUGCCCCACUCAAAAAAGUUUUUAACCAUCCCAUUUCCAGCUGAAUCCCAUGAGCACUGCUUAGUGUCGCAUAUCUAGGUCUGGGGCUCUGCUUCCCGUAGACAUGCUCACGUGGGCUCCAUGCUCACGUGGUCUCCAUCCAGUGGCCUUUUCUGAAGUCACAGAAAACACCAACGUGGCAGGGAGUUGAAGCAAUGAAGGAAGCACGUAGGCUAGCUUCAGGGUAGCACCGCAACAAAACGGGCUCUGUUGAUACUGUGACUGUUUCUUUUCCAAGCUGUUUUAUACAGGUUUGUUUUUCUGCGGUGUGGGGCAUUUAUGAUAAAGUCAAUAUCGUGAAGGUUAAAGGUCAGUUAAGAUGAUCCACCAAAUACUGGAAAUGCUGAUGUGUAAGCCACCUUUAUCGCCUCACCUCUUCUACAGGCUUCUGUGGCCUGCGGGCUUCUGUUUUUGGUGUUUGUCUGGAUGAAAGUUUUGUCGAGUGGGGUUUGAAAAGCCAUUCCUUGUGAACACUACGAUUAAUUGUGUCUGUGUCCCUGGAACUGGGUGCUCAUGUUGGGUUUAAUGAGCUGGCAACCCUUCCCAGUUUGCUUUGUUUAAGGUGUCUGUUCUUUGUGGAGGAAUGAAAUGGAGCUUUAAGUGUGUGUGGUGUGUGUGUGUGUGUGUCUGCACACACGUGUGUAGUAUUGUAGCAAUAACAAAAGUAGCCAUCUCCUUGUUCCAGCUGAAAAGCUGCUAUGAGAGUUUUGACAGAGCACUUUAUUCUAACCAGGUUUCAAGUCUCAGUUCAAAACCAGCCCUGAUCCCUUAUGACAGCUACUCGACCAGCUGCCACUCAGUAACAGAUUGGUGCCCAUUUAGAUUUUCGCUUGGGUUUUACUGGCCACAUCUAUAGAUGGGAGUUGCAGAGAGGGAAAGAUAACUGAUAUCGCUGGCCACCAAAGGCCGGUGUUUCCUGGGUGAUAGUCUCACUACUCUUAAUCUGGAAACUUCCGGGUACAAAUUGGUGGACAGUGGAAAUCAGGACAUUUAUCUCUGUCAGAUGGAAACAGACCUCCGGACUGGCAUAAACCCUGUUGCCAGGCCCUCUCCUCACUGCCCCAUACUGACCCAGACACGACGACCAAAGCAUCCUGCACAGGGCAAGGCCCCUGCGGAAUCCUCAGGUUUUGCAGGGCAAACUCAGGUUCCCUUGGGCCCAUGACCGUUUGCAUUCGAAACACAGUCCACUGCCCCGUUCCCUAAGCUAGCAGCUGGGCAGUAACGCACCACGCCUCACUUACGCUUCUGGUUUGUUGUUUACCAAUGUUAUGUCAAAACUGCAUUUUUAAAAAGAAGAAAAUGGCAGGUUUUCCAGGUCCGCGGAAAGGUUUGGCCUGACGCUGGAGUGCAGUGAUGAGCUUUCGUGACAAUGAUUGUAACCCUCAGUAGCACUUUAAACACCGAAGACAGCCCUGCACCUCGCCUGUGCACAGGCUGGGUGGGCUCCUUUGGAGAAGAUGUGGCUGGAACACAAACAAUCUUUGAAAUAAAUAAAUGUGCACAUGGAACACUA